CUUCGCGUACCAGGGCAGGCAAACAUGUCGGCCCGAGCACCGACCAAGCGCGUCAAGCCGCGCCGGUCCCAGGUCGUCCUCGCUCUGCGCGCCCACAUCCAUGCGCUUGAGUCGACGCGGAUACGUCUGGGCCGUGCCCGCAUCGCGCCGCUGCCAUGGUCGGACGUCGCCGGGGCUCUCCAGGACGACAUGCUGCUGGGCGUCGCUGAGAACCGCCGCCUCAAGAAGGAGCUCCGCCACGUCGAAGCGCUCACGACCUACCUGCAGUCACUCGUGCUCAUGCUGCGCCCGCCCAAGAGCCUCAACUUUCGCGACACCUGGCGUCACUCGCACCUCCCAGCGGGCGACGCCGCAGCGCGCGAGACGGCCUUCGCGUGGAUUCUCCACCAGCUGCGAUUCAACACGGACCGCGCCAUGCAGCAGCGGCCGUUCCCGUCCCGAGGCGGCGGCGUCUACCUCGAUGUCGACGUGCGCGUGAGCGACGACGGAGUCUUUACGACCCACGUGGCCCACGAGUUCUUCGUUCGCGCGUCGCUCAUCGAUGCCACCGAGAGCCUUUGGUAUGCUGAAGAAACCUUCAACGACGUGUACCGGCCGCUCCGGCAGCGGCAGCCGUCGCGCGUGGCGCUGCCGUUGCGCGCCCGGGACUGGAUGCGGUACCAGCAAGAAGAGGCCGGCAGCACCGACCAAGAGCUCAAGAUGAACUACCUCUUUGGUCGGUUCGACAAGAGCGACGAGGGCCACUGCAUUGUUGUCGCGCGCUCGAUCCUCCACGAUGACGCGUUGCCUGUCUCGGCGACAGCGUGGGCCGUCGAGUCGACGCAAUGGUCGGUUCUACCGGACAAGCAUGUGCAUUGA